CUACAGUCCAACCAGCCGGGGUUCAGGUACCGGUACCAGUGCAUUGUAGAAAGUUGAAAACGAUAGAAAGAGCUGGUUUGGAGUCGGUCGGGGUAAUAGAGUAUUAAAGUGCCCCGACCGGAAUUAGGGUCUUUCCAUUGACUUUCUGGGGUCCUGAAUGAUAUUGUUCGGAUUUCCGAGCGAUAUGCUGUGAUACUCGGAUCCCCCAGCACCGGCAGGCGCGAGAGGGAAUGCCCAGCCAGGCUGCUUCACCAAAAUCGCUGUGCAUCCGACCACUGGGGGCAAGGCUACUCAACAAUCUAUUCCACGCCGAAAAUAUUUACUCUUUCCUCCAUUCUCAUCUCCCCAACAACUCAUCCCCUUCAUCAUCCCUCGGUGAGGAAUCCUCCCCUUUCUUUUCUCCCAUCCCUCCACCCCCCGUUCAAGUUACUGUGGGCUCUCGGAUCUCUAACUCGCAUCUCUCUGCAGCUCCUCAGUCGUUUAGUUUGUUGGAAGUCUCCUCUGACUUCUCCUACCCCUUUCGCUCCGACGGCUUUUGCGGUUCCUUACACCUUCGUUCCCAGAACUGUAUACUGUCCUUGGUCAGGACCCUUUUUCCGAUACCAAUAGUCACCGAUGGCCGCCAUAGAUUCCGCUCAGUCGCCCAAGAAGAAGCCUGUGAGCUUCUCUAAUCUGCUCUGUAAGUUUACCAUGUACUGGAGGGGGGCAGAGAAGUGCUGACUGUGGUUGUGACAGUGGGCGGUGGAUUGAAUAUGUUUGAGUAAGUUUCCUCCAAGCCCCUACGAAUCCGAUGGGACUCCUGGAGCUAAUUGUUUGCUGAUUUUGCGCGCAGAGUCACUACAUUGGGUCAAGUAAGAUUCAGAUACAAACAAGGAAACCAUUGAAAGAUGUCACGAUAGCUAACAUUUCGUUUUUGAUCCAAAAAUAGCCCUUAGAGGUUAUUAAAGUACAAAAUUUCCAACUCACCGUGCCAAUUGGGGGAAGAUUGUUGACACAUUUUUCGUUUUUAGACACAUAUGGCUGCCAAUAGAGGCGAUAACAUAGUCACUGCGUUUAAGAAGACGUGGGGUCGUGGAGGGGUUUUUGGAUGUGUGUUGGCUUCGCCUUAGUUUCUUUCCUCUUCUGCUCCGUGUUGGCGAUGUUGAGGCUGAUCUUCUCUUUUUAACCUUGACAGUCUACCAAGGGUUAAUUCCAUGGGUUAGUAUUUUUUUUUUUCCUUAUCCCGAGGCUAUCAUGUGUCUUAAUGGCGUCUUUGUUUUCUCCGCAUUUGUGCUACGUGCAAAUGGCGGAGUUGAGCCGCGCACGGAGAUUACCGGGUUGAUUUUAGCGGACCGAAACUGAUUGUGGGGAUGAUUUUUGUCUAGGCAUGGAUUGAAGCCUCUACCAAGGGAGCCGUCCUUAUGUUUGUUGCUUCUGAAGCCGAGUAAGUAAACCAAUUGAAUAGUUUUGGCGUCUAGGAGGGGGUUCGGGAUUUGUUGCGCGAUGGCUGACGCCCUGCAUAGGUAUCAUGCUCUCACCUUUGGAGCCGGGCCAUUCGCCGCUGGUAUUACUGGUGGUGUAAUUGGUGGUGUCGCUCAGGCAUACGCUACCAUGGGAUUCUGCACCUGCAUGAAGACUGUUGAGAUUACACGUCACAAGCAAGCCUCUACUGGAGUGAAGCCUCAGGGCACUUGGUCUGUGUUUGCCGACAUUUACCGAAAAGAGGGCAUUGCUGGAAUAAAUAGGGGUGUCAAUGCUGUUGCUAUCAGACAGAUGACCAACUGGGGUAGUAGAUUUGGACUGAGUAGACUUGCUGAGCAAGGUAUUCGCAAAGCGACUGGUAAAGGAGAGAGUGACAGGCUGAGCGCGUGGGAGAAGAUUGGGGCCAGUGUUGUUGGUGGAGGGUUGAGUGCCUGGAACCAGCCUAUCGAGGUAUAAGUGACCGAGGUUUUGUGCGUGCUGGUAUAGAGAGAUGAAGUACUGAAUCUAUGGGUUAGGUUGUUCGAGUGGAGAUGCAAAGCAAGAAGGCGGAUCCCAACCGUCCUAAGAAUCUGACUGUUGCCAAAGCGGCCAAGUACAUCUACCAGAACAAUGGCUUGAAGGGUUUGUACCGUGGUGUCACUCCUAGAAUCGGUCUCGGUGUCUGGCAAACUGUUUGCAUGGUCGGUUUGGGCGAUAUGUACGUUUUACUGAUCCCAUGUUCCCGGAGAUUUUCUAAGACCACUUGAAAUUUAGGGCCAAAGAAGCUGUUGCCAAGCUUACCGGCGAAGCGCCAACUGGAAAGCACUAGAUUGGGGGAACACUUUACAAAAGAUGGCUUUGUUUUUUGUCUGAGUUAUCCUAUAUCGAUUCUAGCCCGGCGACACUAAAAGAAAACAUGACAUAGAUUUCCUGUACACUUGUCCUUCGCAGUUUGAGUAAUUUUAUUUUUCAUUCACAGUGCAGCCCGAGGUCAUGACGUGGAAGCACGCCCUAAUUUCUUUUUGUUUCUUACAAAAAUUCUUUAAUUUUUGAACUGGAUUUCCGACCUUAUGAUUGAAUGAUGUUGGGAUGUUAGCAUGAAAGGGAGCCAUAAAUAUAAAUGAUAUAUUGGUGGGUUUAGGUCCCCAAGAUCAGGAACCGUUUUUAUGGGAUUGUUGUGUGGCCCUCUCUAAAUCUUCAGCCGUGCUCAUGUUCCACCCAAUCCAUAGGACGGGUACAGGCUUCCGCCAACCUAACUUGUCGUGGCGUUCUACAAUAACAGCAUAGCGAUAAAGGGGUGGCUGCCUGUUAUAAUCUCGCCGCCAUGACACUACU